AUGAUCCUACUUAUCAGCACAACCGUUUCGUCUGCCCUGGAAUCGUCUCUGUUUGUCCGGCUGCCUUCAUUCGACGGCUACCUCCAUACCACUUACAAUCUCACAUCUCUCUCUCCAGUCAAAUCUAAAGUUGCUUGUGCUUUAUCCUGCUUGAAGGAUCCAGAAUGUGGUUCGUUCUUCAUAGUGAGAAAGCCACAGAUGAUGUGCCAGACCCAUUCUAUAGUCUUCAUGACAACCAACGAAGCCACGCCCCAGUCUAGUGCAUCGUAUUAUCAGCUGACUCAAGCCUGGUGCCCUUACAAAGACGGCUACAAUCUGUAUCGCUCCGCUCCUGUCUGUUACCGUUACUUCCAGACAAACGUCACGUGGACGGUGGCUAAACAACAGUGUGAAGUUGCUCGCUCUCAUCUUGUUGAUGUCAAGACACAGGCCAUUUCAACCCACAUCACCAAUUAUUUGAGAGCUUCGUUGGUUUCCAGAACUUUACACGUCUCGGCUGGCGGAACUUUAGUGAACAACACAUGGUACUGGUCUGAUGGUUCACCAUUUACGUGGGUCAACUGGGCAAGUGGAGAACCGAACAACAUGGUCGACGAGAAGUGCAUGGCCCUGGCAUGGUUCUAUACGUUUCAGUGGAAUAACGUCCCAUGCAAUGGGACAACACCGGGGAUGCAGCGAUAUUAUAUCUGCCAGUUAGAUAUUCCAUAA